UAGUGAGAUUCUUUCUCCUUGACAAGAUGUUUUCUACAAUGAACCGUGUACUGCUACUUACAAUCAUUUUGGUUUAUUCGUUUGGACAAACACGAUGCACAGGUUCUUUUGGUCGAGACUUUUAUAUAGGUGUACCAAAAGCGUGGAACAAUAGUCCACAGUUUUCACUUCUUAUUACCUCAAAUACGGCUGGAUCAGCGACAAUAUACAUACCAUAUUUAGGCAUCAACACAACACGUAGUUUUAAUCAAAGUUUAGAGUACAAGGUAACUGGUGACACCAUAACCAAUGUAAAUACAACAGUGGAACACAAGGGUAUACACGUGACAACAGAUGUCGACGUCACACUUACUGUUAUGAAAUAUCCAACCAGUACAUGGGAAGGUUUUUUAGCACUACCUUCUACCAUGUUAUCUUCUCAAUAUAUAAUCUCGUCAGGCUACUCGCUUCAACGUUAUUCAUAUAACAGUAAUUUUCUUGUCCUAGCAGUACAUGACAACACAUCUAUAAACGUAAAUAUAGACAACAAUACAUUAAGAGUCACGUUAAAUAGACUUGAUACGUAUCUCGUUCGACGGUUAAAUGAUUUAAGUGGAGCUGUUGUUUUCAGUAAUAAACCUGUUGCCGUCUUCUCUGGACACGAAGCUGGAACUUCACAAACGACAUGUGGUCAUUUAGAAUAUUUCGUGGAACAACUUUUACCUACCAAACAUUUUGCUCAAGAAUUUAUCGUUCACCCGGUACCGCCAAAAUCACAAUAUGUAGUGCGAAUAUAUAGCUCAUCUCAAAACACAUCUAUAACAUUUCGAGAUACAACGAAUCAAAAUAAGCAACUCCUUUUGAAAGCUGGUGAUUUUUAUGAAAUUUUAAGUGAUAAUGGCGCAAUGUAUGUUUCUGCAAACCAACCUGUUCAAGUCAUGUUGUACGGUACAUGUAAGAAUGAUGCUAAUACUGGCAACGGAUUUAUGUCUAUAGUUCCGGCAAUCAAUCAAUAUAGAAACUCCUAUCAUUUCUCCGUGAUUGCAACCAAUGAACCUUUUACUCAUUAUCUUACAAUCAUUGCAAAAACUGAGGAUAUAGCUGGACUUCGAAUCAAUGGAAACCAAAUGGGGAAUAUCUUUCAUAGCUAUGUGACACACGCAAACAAUGAGACGUUUACUGUUAAUGUAUACAAAUUGUCAGCCGGCGAAUAUCAUCUGUAUCACGUGACAAGUAGGACAUUUGGAGCAAUACAGUAUGGCUUUGGUGAUUUAGAUUAUGCUUACGGAUACCCACUGGGAAUAGAAGUUUACAAAGAAAGCAUAGGGAAUGACGAACUAAGGUGUUUCGACUGUAAGGAUAUGACACAUUUGUACCUCUGUGACACCGUUACUAAAUGUUCGAGUGGCCAGGUAUGUCAUGUGGAGACCUAUAGAACCAACAGUGGGCAAGUGAAGUACAACAGCGGAUGCUUGGCCUCCGAGCAAUGUUCUAGUAAGAAACGACAAACAAGUCAGAGUACUUCCGAAUGUGUUCACUGCUGCUCUUCAUCACUUUGCAAUUCAAACGGCUGUGGAGCUGAGGGUUUGCCUCCCCCUCAACUACGAGGACCGUUAUGCUACGACUGCUCGUAUGUUUCUAAUAUGGAUGAGUGUAAGACAGUAAGGCUGUGUUCGAAAGACGAGAUUUGUAGCGUGGAGAAGUAUGACUGGGGUGGGGUAUAUGACCAUUACACAGCAAAAUGUCAUAACAAACAGUGCAUUUCCCACAAGAGGCAAACUGAAGUCACAUCUGCACGAGAAUCACGAUCAACGCCCGUAUGUAAAACCUGCUGUGACGCUGAUCUUUGCAAUACCGAUUGCUCAAAGACGUCACAAAAUGGCACUGACAUCAUCAUUGUUGGAUGAAUUCGGACGUUGUCAUGAAAUUACUUUUUGGUGAUGGGAGAAAAACUUUAUCUUAAUAAAAACAAAAUUAACA